AUGAGUUUCAACUUAUACAAGGCUGUGCAUGCUUCUCGGUGCCAGCGAUUAAUAAUUGAUUGGGACCGACCUCCAGAGCGGACGAACGCAACUUUUUAAUGUCUGUGAGUCUUUUGCUCAAAAUGGCUUAAGAACUUCUCCAGACGCCAAAAGCACUAAUUAUGUCAGACCAAAUGGGGAACAAAGUUCCAGAGACAGGUCGAAAGAGGGCCAGGAGAAAAGAUCAGGCUCACAAACCGAAGAUAAUGAAAGCUGCGGCGGUUGUCGCAAUAUGGCCAACACUUUAACCGAGAUGAACCGUAAACUUGACCUGGUUCUGGCGCGGAUGGAAGAAAUUGACGAGACUAAAGAAAAGCAAAAGCAGUUGGAAAAAAGAGCUGGAAAAAAGCCUCGAGUUCGCUCACGAGUCUAUCAAAACUUUGACUGUACAAGUUGAUGCUCAAGCAAAGAGGAUUUCUGAGCUGGAGAAAGGUGUGAACAACUUGACAAAAAGUGCCAGCUUUGAGAAGGAACGCGCAAUAAAAUUAGAUAGCCACAGUCGGAGAAAUAAUUUGAUAUUUUUUGGUAUUCCUGAAGAAGUGAAUGAAACAAGCGCCAAGACCGAGUCGCUGCUUUACUCUUUUCUAGGAGACGAACUGAAGUUGAAAGAAGACGACAUCGACGGAAUUUCAAUAGAACAUGCACAUCGACUUGGUAAACGAAAUGCAAAUGAUGAGAAGCCCGAUCAAAGCAAAGUUUAGUUUCUAUAAGAAUAAAGGAUUCAUACUAUCCAACGCCCGUAUUCUCGCUGGAGCAGUUUUCGGAAUUUUACAAGAUUUCUCCCGAGAGAUUGUAGAAAUACUAAGAGGCCUAGUGAAAGUCUUAAAAGAAGCAAAGAGAGAGGGGAGCGACGCCAAAUUGAUCUAUGACAAACUAUACAUCAACGGUCAGAAAUACAUACCACGAUCAUGA